CCGGCGGAGGCAGCUGCUGACCCAGCUGUGGACUGUGCCUGGGGCGGAGGAAGGGGGGGCAGGAGCCCUGGGCCUCCCGUGGCAGGGGCUGCAUCAUGUAUCCUCUCGGGGCACCCCUCUGGCCUGGAGUUGGCUUCCUCUGUCUCCUACUCGCUGGGGCAACCUGGGCUCCCCCACCCAACCCACCGGACCCCAAGUUUGAAAGCAAAGCGGCCCUGCUGACAGCCCGCGAGCCUGAAGAGUUUCUGUGCUUCACCGAGAGGUUGGAGGAUUUGGUGUGUUUCUGGGAGGAAGCGGCAAGCGCCGGGGUCGGCCCGGACAACUACAGCUUCUCCUACCAGCUCGAGGGUGAGCCGUGGAAGCCGUGCCGCCUGCAUCAGGCGCCCACCACCCGCGGCUUGGUGCGUUUCUGGUGCUCGCUGCCUACAGCCGACACGUCGAGCUUCGUGCCCCUAGAGCUGAGCGUCACUGCGGCCUCCUCGGGCGCUUCACGCUACCGCCGAAUCAUCCACAUCAACGAAGUGGUGCUCCUAGACCCUCCCGCUGGGCUGCUGGCGCGGCGGGCAGACGAGGGCGGCCAUGUGGUACUGCGCUGGCUCCCACCGCCUGGGGCACCCAUGGCAAGCCUCAUCCGCUAUGAGGUGAACAUCUCGGCAGAGAACGCCGCUGGUGGCGCGCAGAGGGUGGAGAUCCUCGACGGCCGCACUGAGUGCGUGCUGAGUAACCUGCGGGGCGGAACGCGCUACACCUUCAGGAUACGCGCGCGUAUGGCCGAGCCGAGCUUCGGUGGCUUCUGGAGCGCCUGGUCCGAGCCUGUGUCGCUGCUGACGGCUAGUGACUUGGACCCCCUCAUCCUGACGCUCUCCCUCGUGCUCGUGCUCAUUCUGCUGUUGCUGGCCGUGCUAACCCUGCUCUCCCACCGCCGGACUCUGAAGCAGAAGAUAUGGCCUGGCAUCCCAAGCCCCGAGAGCGAGUUUGAGGGCCUCUUCACCACCCACAAGGGUAACUUCCAGCUGUGGCUGUACCAAACUGAUGGCUGUCUGUGGUGGACCCCCUGCACCCCCUUCACAGAGGACCCACCUGCCCCCCUGGAGGUCCUCUCUGAGCGCUUCUGGGGGGUGACACAGGCAGUGGAGCCAGGGGCAGAUGAUGAGGGGCCCCUGUUGGAGCCAGUGGGCAGCGAGCAUGCCCAAGACAGCUACCUGGUGCUGGACAAGUGCUUGCUGCCCCGGAGCCCGCCCAGCGAGGACCUCCCACAGCCUGGUGGCGAUCUGGACGCAGCAGCCAUGGAUGAAGGCUCAGAAGCAUCCUCCUGCUCAUCCGCUUUGGCCCUGAAGCCUGGCCCAGAGGGGGCCUCGGCUGCCAGCUUUGAGUACACCAUCCUGGAUCCCAGCUCCCAGCUCUUGCGCCCGAGGGCACUUCCCCCUGAGCUGCCCCCUACCCCGCCCCACCUAAAGUACCUGUACCUCGUGGUGUCUGACUCUGGCAUCUCAACUGACUACAGCUCAGGGGGUUCCCAGGAAGCCCAGAGGAGCUCAUCCAAUGGCCCCUACUCCAACCCUUAUGAGAAUAGCCUCAUCCCAGCCCCCGAGCCUUCACCCCCGAGCUACGUGGCCUGCUCCUAGGACUCCAGCCCUCAGGUGCACGGGGACCCAGAAUGACCUCAAGUGCUACUCCAGGCCCAAGAUUUAUCCGGCAGGGUCAGUGAGGCCUGCUAACCUUGGCUUUCUGCUCAAUUCAUCCUGGUCAGAAAGUCGCAACCUUGCAGUAUUUUUAAAUGUACAGUCUUUU